AUGGAUGCGAUCAAGCAGACAUUUGCCAGGGCCAAGCAGGAAAAGCGUGCGGCCCUGGUCUCAUACAUCACGGCGGGGUACCCCACCGUCGAAGAGACAGUAGACAUCCUUCUGGGCCUGGAAAAUGGAGGCGCUGACAUCAUCGAAGUCGGAGUGCCCUUUACCGAUCCGAUUGCGGAUGGCCCGACCAUCCAGAAGGCCAACACCAAGGCUUUGGCCAACGGUGUCACCGUCACCUCCGUCUUGGACAUGGUCCGCACCGCCCGAAAGAGCGGCCUCAGGGCCCCCGUUCUGUUGAUGGGAUACUACAACCCUUUGAUGCGAUACGGUGAGGAGCGUAUGCUCAAGGAUUGCCGUGAGGCCGGUGUCAAUGGCUUCAUCAUGGUCGACCUUCCUCCUGAGGAGGCUGUGCGUUUCCGAGACCUGUGCGCCAGCAACAACCUGUCCUACGUCCCCCUCAUUGCCCCCUCGACCUCGGAAUCCCGCAUGAAGCUCCUGUGUAAGAUCGCCGACUCUUUCAUCUACGUCGUCUCGAGAAUGGGUGUCACCGGUGCCACCGGCCAGCUCAGCUCGAAUUUGCCCGAUCUUCUAUCCCGGGUCCACAGAUACUCUGGCAACGUGCCUGCGGCAUUGGGUUUCGGAAUUAGCACCCGGGAACACUUCCUGUCCGUGCAGGAUCUUGCGGAAGGUGUCGUGAUCGGCAGUCAGAUCAUCACUACUUUGGGCGAGGCCCCUGCUGGUCAGGCGGCUAAGAACGCCGAGGCCUACCUGUCCAGCGUGACCGGCCGGAAACUCGAGAGGGAUGCCCAGGGUACGGUGGUCCGUGAGGUCAAGGUGCUGGAUCCCGUCGAGAAGCGGGAGACCGAGGAGGGUGUCGCUCACCCCACGGCCGUUGUCACCGAUGCCGGUAACCCUUCGGGCCCCGGCUUGGCCGACCAGAUUGAUGCGCUGAACGGCACGGGCAACCCUGCCGCCCAACCGUCGCGGUUCGGUGAGUUCGGUGGACAGUAUGUCCCCGAGUCGCUCAUGGACUGCCUGGCCGAGCUGGAGAAAGGCUUCGAGCAUGCGCUGCACGACGCCUCGUUCUGGGAGGAGUACCGCUCCUACUACCCUUACAUGGGCCGCCCCAGCAGCCUGCACCUGGCCAACCGUCUGACCGACCACGUCGGCGGUGCCAACAUCUGGCUCAAGCGCGAGGAUCUCAACCACACCGGUAGCCACAAGAUCAACAACGCCCUGGGCCAGAUCCUGCUUGCCCGGAGACUGGGCAAGACCCGCAUCAUUGCCGAAACCGGUGCUGGUCAGCACGGUGUCGCCACCGCGACCGUUUGUGCCAAGUUCGGCAUGAAGUGCGUUGUCUACAUGGGCGCGGAGGAUGUCCGUCGCCAGGCUCUUAACGUCUUCCGCAUGAAGCUCCUCGGUGCCGACGUGGUGGCCGUUGAUGCCGGCAGCCGCACGCUGCGGGACGCCGUCAACGAGGCUCUCCGUGCCUGGGUUGUCGAACUUGACACCACCCACUACAUCAUCGGUUCCGCCAUCGGUCCUCACCCCUUCCCCACCAUCGUCCGUACCUUCCAGUCCGUGAUCGGCGACGAGACCAAGCAGCAGAUGCUCGAGCAGAUCGGCAAGCUGCCCGAUGCUGUCGUCGCCUGUGUCGGUGGUGGCAGCAACGCCGUCGGCAUGUUCUACCCCUUUUCCAAAGACACGAGCGUCAAGCUCCUCGGUGUCGAAGCCGGCGGUGACGGUGUCGAGACCGCCCGUCACUCCGCCACCCUCUCCGGCGGCAGCAAGGGUGUCCUGCACGGCGUCCGCACCUACGUCCUCCAGGACGAGCACGGCCAGAUCUCCGAAACCCACUCCAUCUCCGCCGGUCUCGACUACCCCGGUGUCGGCCCCGAGCUGAGCUCCUGGAAGGACAGCGAGCGCGCGCGCUUCGUCGCUGCCACCGACGCCGAAGCCCUCUCGGGUUUCCGCGCCCUCGCCCAGCACGAGGGUAUCAUCCCCGCCCUGGAGUCCUCGCACGCCAUCUUCGGCGCCAUCGAGCUGGCCAAGUCCAUGAAGAAGGGCGAGAACAUCGUCCUCAACCUCAGUGGUCGUGGAGACAAGGACGUGCAGAGCGUCGCCGAUGAACUUCCCCGUCUGGGUCCUAAGAUCGGCUGGGACCUGCGCUUCUAG